AUGCGCCAACAGACUUCUGAGUGAUCUUGGCUACUUUGGAUCGAGCGGCACAAAGCUGUAAUCUGAAGACAAUAGAGAUGGCGCUUGCAACUGAAAGUACUUAUGAGUACUAUGACUACGAGGAGACGGAAAACUCCACCAUGUGUGACUAUUCUGAGUGGGAGCCUUCAUACUCUGUCAUCCCACUGCUCUACAUGCUGAUCUUCAUCCUUGGCCUCUCCGGGAACGGGGUCGUCAUCUUCACCGUGUGGAGAGCCCAAGGCAAGUGGCGUGCUACUGAAGUCUACAUAGGAAACCUGGCUCUUGCCGACCUCACCUUCGUGGUCACACUGCCUCUGUGGGCCGUGUACACGGCCAUGGGCUACCACUGGCCGUUUGGAGUGGCUCUGUGUAAGAUCAGCAGCUAUGUGGUCCUGCUUAACAUGUAUGCCAGCGUCUUCUGCCUCACCUGCAUGAGCUUUGAUCGCUACCUGGCCAUCGUCCACUCACUGACCAGCAACCAGCUGCGUACGCGCAAUCACAUGCGAGCCUCCUUGAUGGCUGUCUGGCUGACGUCUGGUCUCCUGGCCGCACCGACUCUCAUCUUCCGUACCACCAAAUACGAUGCAAACAGCAACCGUACUUCUUGCGCCAUGGACUUCAGCCUGGUGGUGACAAAUAAGGACCAGGAGGCCCUGUGGGUUGCCUUCCUCAGCAUCUCCUCAACGGCUUUGGGUUUUCUUCUCCCUUUCCUGGCCAUGAUGGUGUGUUACUGCUUCAUUGGCUGCACAGUGACCCGCCACUUCAACACUCUGCGUAAGGAGGACCAGCGUAAACGCAGGCUGCUGAAGAUCAUCACCACGCUGGUUGUGGUGUUUGCCGCCUGCUGGAUGCCCUUCCACGUGCUGAAGAGUGCCGACGCCCUCUCGUACCUGGACUUGGCACCUGCUACCUGUGCCUUCCUCCGCUUUCUGCUGCUGGCUCACCCCUACACCACCUGCCUGGCCUAUGUCAACAGCUGCCUCAACCCUUUUCUUUAUGCUUACUUUGACUUGCGCUUUCGAUCCCAGUGCCUGUGCCUGCUCAACCUGAAGAAGUCCCUUCAUGCCAGCCCGGCCAGCUCCCUGUCCUCACAGAAGACAGAGGCCCAGUCUCUGGCCACAAAAGUGUGAUGAACCGAUCAAUACCCAGAGGCGUGCUAGGGAAGGGGUGAACAAAGCAGGUACAAAAUGACAGGUUCAGCACGUCACCUCUGCUUUUCUGUGGACUACUAACGGAGUGAAGGCACGGCCACUUCUCUGUGCUCCUGUGAAGAAGACACUCAGGC